AUGGAUCCAGGGAAUUCCUUUCUCCCAAACAACCCCAGAUAUUCUGGUCACCCGGAAGCGUAUAGUCACCUGUAUGCUGCUGUUCCGUCCUCGAGCACAUUUUCCCAGCAAACCACCCAUCCGAGUCUCAGCUCCCAGCCCACUACUACUUCAGCAUCGCUUAGAAUUGCAGCACGCAUCGUCAAACUUGCAGUCACUGUGUUUGUUCUCACACUUGGAAUUGGACUUGGACUGCUCGCCUAUAUCCUGAAUUCCAGGAUUUCAUGGACAAGCACAGAAGUGAUAACAGCCGUUCCGCAAGGAAAUGUGCUUUUAAUCACCGCGACAGCUAGCAAGUUUGUCCUCACUUGCGUACCCCUCGUCAUGGGCCUUGCAGCGUAUACAAUCGCUCACGGUUGGCUUGGUGCAUCAACUCGGAAGCAAGCAGACGGGAUGCCAACUCCGUAUCAGUAUACCCUUCUCCUUGGUCUCUUUCAGGGGGCAAAUCCGGUCGACCUCUGGCGCACGCUGCGCUACCUUGUCCGGGGGACCGGACGAAGAAGCAGCACCUCAUACCUACUGAUUUACGCCUUCAUAAUUCUCUUCAUAACCCUCGUCCUUUCAUACCUCCUCGUUGGUCUCGACUUUGCGCUACAUUCCCUCUCGACGACCCGUCAUGUUAGUGUCAUCGGAGCUCAAAUAGAUACAUCUAUACUCAGUACCACAGAUCUCUACGGUGCGACACUUAGAUCAGACUGCAACUCACCCGACAAGGAUGGCAAUGCUUGUACAAUCAAGCCAAUAGGUGCUCUUGGUCCUCGUCAAUCAGCUGAAUUCCAAGAAGGAAUUCGGCUUAUCGCAGACUCAUCUUCGAAAAACCGGAUCUCGUAUACCUCUCCAUCACCUGGAAAGGAAGAGACGAUAGCCAUCUUCACACCAGCGCUCCAACCAGACGACAAAACUUUUCGCACGCGAACAACAGCUGUAUCAACGUCAUGCACCCCAUUUUCUUCUGCUUGUGAUCUCCAGACGGCAUGCGACGCAACAUAUCACUAUCCUCUCGCCUAUGUUCCACCUGAGGUGUCUGUAGAUCAAUGGUGGCCACUCUGCACGGCAUUUGCGUGUGAACCACCGACUUGGCCAAAAUAUUGGUCGAACUUUCGAAAUGACACCGCCGUGAUGCUCAGUGAGCCUCUCGAGCAGCGCGGUGAGGACGAAUUGGUAGAGGUAGAUGCAGAGAUGCAAAUGACAAAGCCCACGCUUGUCAGUGCCAAUCCUUUUCGUGUCAUUGUCAACGUCGCAUCCUACUUAGAUACGAGCAUACUCGACGAGGUCUGCGCGCAGAAAACAGACGAUGGGAACGAGUGCAUCAAAGGGAAGGAUGAUGGGUAUCUGUACUCUGGCGGUGCGAAUCCGAAAAUGGGGAGAUCAGCAAGAAUUCGGUACACACUCCUCGGGUGUACUGUGUCGAUCUUAGACGUCAUUUACACAUAUCUAAACCGCACCUACACUAUCGAAUCUUCCAGUCUAUCCGACCAAGCCACUACACAAGCAUUGAGUACCGUGCUGUAUGCAAGUAACUCGCCUUUGCUUGUCAGAGAUCUGUCGAAUUCCCUCACGCUGCUUGCCACUUCGGGUGCUUCAUCAAAGGAGGUGGGAAGGAAGGUCAGUGAGGAAAUAGGACGCACUAUGCUUGGCUUGGGUCAUGGGGCAUUCGAUUCCUCUUUACCGGUGGAAAGAUUAGCUACUGUGCACGAGGUGUUGGCGACAAUCAUCCCAACAUGGACCCUGGUGGCGUUUAUUGUGAGUCUGGGAAUGUUUGCGCUUCUUGGGAUCGUAUUAGCUGGGUUGGCAACGAUGGUGGAUAACACUGCCUUUGUGAUUCCAAAAUCUGGCCCUCCAGGACGAAGAGGAAAUGGAGAAGAUCAAGUCGUCAACGUGAUCGACAUUGCGCGGCGAAGGUUAUGCGAACCUACUGGCCUCGUUUAUGAGGCAUUUGAAAAAGAUGCCGAUACAAGUGAAACCCGAUGGAUGCUAGAAGGCGAGGAGAUGUUCGAUGAGAGUCCUUUAUCGGCUGGUAGCUGGCCUGAGCUGCGUCAGAGAAGACGCACUGUGAGGGUGGGUUUGCAAGACGAUGGUUUUGGUUUCCACAAAUAG